AUGGAGACGGCUCUUUCCAAAAUACGGCAUCACACAGGAUCUUCGCUACCAUAUCAAAAGACACCAGCCACCCUCCUUGUUGCUCUUGAAUCAGCCCUUGACGAGCAGAAAGCUGAACGAACGCCCACGGCCUAUUUUGCAGGCCUCCUCACGACUCUCGAGAGCACUCUGCAGAAGAAUGAUCGCAACGUCGGUGAAGGGGAUGUUCUCCCCGCCGAACUAUAUCUACUCGCACUUGUUGCGCCAUUUGUCCCGACACCAGUGAUCAGGACGAAUCUCGAGACGAUCUUGACUUUGACUUCACCCUUGUUCCCAUUGCUUUCCUCACAUGCACCCCCUCUAAGAUCACAGCUGUCGCUUUACCAAGUUGUCUUUACGGCUCUUGAUCGUUCGCAGCUAGAAGUCGACGGUGUUCGCCAAGCCUUUGCUUCGAUCCUCCAGCUAUGUCUAGAUCCACGACCCAAAGUCCGCAAAAAGAGUGCUGAGGUCGUACAACAAGUUCUCCAAAAUCCCCCGGCCCCAUUGCUACGACAUACUUAUGCCGAGCGUGUCGCAGACUGGGUGCAAAGCAUAUUGACUCAAGUCAGCAACGAUCCUAUCCCAAAAAACAAAUCCGCCAAGACACAUGUAUCCAGUGAGACAGCUAUACACAUCCUCACUUUCCUAAGGCCCAUCCUGCCGCAUCUCCCAGCCACAUCAUUACCUGCCAUCACCUCAAAUCUAUUGACCUUACCGCGACUCGGGAACCCAUACUUAUCCCAGUCGGCUUACUCUAUUCUUGCUGAUUUAUUCUCUGCGGCAAUACAAGACUCGUCAAGUGGCGUCGAUCAAAAAAUCCCUGAUGUCCUUAAAGUCGUAAUUUCUUCCCCUCCUGUCGUAUCGGACGUUACUCUUGCGCCAGCCUGGCUAUCCGUAGUCGGAAACUGCAUGCAUUCGUUUAGUACUCUUGAUCCUGUGGCUGCGGCUGCUGAAGUCGGCAAGGUCUGGAAAAAGACAUGGACGUAUCUGGAGGCCAAAGAACCAGCAACCAGGCAGGCAGCCGUUGAAUGUCUGGAAUUAUUAUCGCACAGCUUUUCUCCGAUUUUUUUUCACGAAGCAACGAGAGACCCAUCUUCAAAAUGCACUCUUAAUCAGAUCAUCGCCCAAACCGCUAAAGCACUAGAUACUCUGGCCUUCGCUCGGUCGAUGCCUGAACUAAUGGCCGUCAUAUCUAUUCUUAUCACAAGUCUGCGGCACAGAGAUUCGUCAACUUCACCAACCGCUGCCGAAAUACUGCUGUUGCCGAUAGUUGUGAAGGUCGGAGAGUUGAGAACACAGAGGGGGUUCGAGUACAAAGAAGCUGCCGACAGUACCCUGUCCACCGCGAUGAGAGUGUUAGGUCCUCAUGUAAUACUACAAAUUCUUCCCUUGAACCUUGAACCUGACGACCGUCAAGCCGGCCGAGAGCCCAGGGCUUACAUCCUUCCUCUUCUCGCACAACCCCACCCAUCACCUCUUGGGCAUUUUGUCUCUUAUUUUGUCCCUUUAAGCGAGCGGAUGUUCGACCUCCAACAAAAGGCAGAGACUGAGGGACGCCAAUCCGAAGCCAAAGUAUGGAGUGUCUUGGUUUCCCAGAUUUGGAGUGGAUUGGCCGGAUAUUGUCAUGCCAGCGUCGACCUUCCCCAGGCAAGUGAAGCCUUGACCCCCGCCUUUUCCCAACUGCUCUCCCAGCUACUUUACAGCCAGCCAGAGCUCCGCCCAUCGAUUCUCAGGGCUUUGAAAGUUAUCAUUGACUCGAACGUCGUGGCAGCCGCCUCGGACAAGCCGUCCAGUGCCGAUGGGAGCAUCAUCAUCACUGCAGCAGAGGCCGCAGCGAAUGUGUCAUUCCUUCGCGCUCAGGUCGAGAGUUGGCUUGCAGUGCUAUUCAACGUCUUUGGCAGUGUAGACCCAGAUGUUCGCGGGAUGGUGGGAGACGUGAUCAGCGCUUGGACUUCUAUCGCGGAUGAGCAGCAAAUUACUCAAGCAUACGCUAAAGUUAUCCAGCUCCUCACAACCAAUCUCCGAUCGGCUCAAGCAAAUGUCACGACGAUGACCGAAGACAUACUCGUUCUCCUACUCCCUUACCUUUCGCCGGUGGACAGUGCUGCCCUCUUCGAGUUUUGCUUAUCCCCCGAUGUCAUUGGCGCCAGAGACAAUGGGGUCCAGAAACGCGGAUACAAAAUUCUUGCUAGAUUGACUGAUCGUGGAAAGUUCCCCGUCAAUGCAGAGGAUGUGCUUCAACGACUUGAUGCAGUCUCUGAUAAAUUGACAUCUGCCGCGAAGAAGGAUCGCUUUAUGCUGUUGAUCGCACUCGUGCAAGUGAUUCGUCCCGAGUUGCUUCAUUUGAUACCUUCCUUCAUCCCGGAAGCCGUAUUGGGCACUAAAGAACCGUCUGAAAAGGCCAGGGAGGCGGCCUUCGACCUCAUUGUGAAGAUGGGUAAUAAGAUGAACAGCGGUGGCCUUGUCAAGCGAGGUAUGAUGGAAGGAAUGGACGAGGACACUGCGACAGAAGCGAAGGCAAGUGUAGACGAGUUCAUUACCAUGAUGGCUGGGGGGUUGGCUGGCGCUACUCCUCAUACCAUUAGCGCGACCAUUACAGCAAUUUCACGAUUGGUGUUUGAAUUCAAAGAUGCGAUAUCACCCAAUAUCCACACCGAGAUUCUAUCCACUAUCCUCGUCUUCCUCACCUCAGCCAACCGGGAAAUCGUGAAGUCUGCGCUUGGUUAUGUGAAACUCGCGAUACACACUCUCCCUGUGGAUUUGGUUCGGCCGCACCUGAAAGAUCUCGUGCAUCAACUACUCGCAUGGUCGCACGACCAUAAGAACCACUUCAAGGUCAAAGUCAGGCAUAUCUUUGAACGGAUGAUCAGGCGCUUUGGUUGGGAUGCUGUGUACGCUUGUGCAGAAGGGGAAGAUUCGUCUAAGGUCCUUCUCAAUAUCAAGAAGAGGAAGGACAGGGCCAAAAAAAAGAGAGCUAACAAAGACCAAGAAGAGGACGGGCUACCAACAAGCGCCAAACCUGUCACAGGCACUGCAUUCGAGGAUGUACUUUACGGAAGCGAGAGUGAGUUGUCUGACAGUGACGAAGAAGACGCUGGUCCUCGUCAGUCUGGCAAGACAAAGGCGAAGACAUUGCGAGGCGCCCAACUGCGAGUCGACGACGACGAACCUAUGGAUCUACUAUCUGGGGCCGCGUCGCGGAUAACCAACACACAAAAUAAAAGGCGGCGUCAGCCUGGGCAUGAAGCAUCUCUCUUCAACACUGACGAUGCUGGCAAACUCGUGAUCGAAUCAAGCGAUGACGAGGCAGCCAACGAUCAACAGGGAGACGAUGUUGUAGGCACGGCUUACCACGAAAGCCUGACCUCAGUCGACGGCUUCACUCGGGGACCGAAAGGUCAGGUCAAGUUCAACAAAGACACCAAGAAGCGUCGAAGAGAAGCCGACGAAAGAGAUCAGGAUGUCGAGAUGGCCGACCCAGAGGCUAAGCCGCCAAAGAACAAGAAAAAGACUGACGUUCGACCAGGACAGGAGUUCAAAGCGAAGAAAGCUGGCGGUGAUGUCAAGAAAGACGGGGUGGAUCCUUACGCCUACCUUAGUUUGUCCCAGGCCGCAAAGAAAGGUCAGCGCGGCCGAACCAGCAUUGGUAUCGCUGGAAAGCGAACAAAAUAA